AUGUCGUCCUUUGCCGAUUUAACUGGUCAUUUGAAUAAUGAUCAAAGCUCUGCCAUCGCGCAUGGGCUACUAAACACUGCAAAUCAAUCAGGUUUUACUCGACCGAUCUCCUCCUUGUCUUACAAUACAAACUGGAGUAUAUCUCACAUACCUGGUCCGCCACUAUUUCAAACAUCAUCGUUUGCUUCUUCUUUGUUUUUAUCAUUGGCAACAUCAUCAUCAUCAUCGUCGUCGUCGUCAUCAUCAUCAUCGAUAUUAACAACAGCAACAAUUGACACAGGUGAAUCAAAAUAUUAUCCAUUUUGGUUGUUAGUUGUUAUUGCUGUCUUCGGCAGUGUAACAUCGGUGUUAACCGUUCUGGGAAACAUUCUCGUCAUUUUGGCGUUUUUUCUCGAUCGACAAAUUCGUCAACCGACGAAUUACUUUAUACUUUCGUUAUCAGUCAGUGACUUUCUUAUUGGACUUCUCUCCAUGCCACUACUGACAAUCUACAUCUAUUCGAAAGAGUGGCCGUUGAAUGCUAUUAUUUGUGACAUAUGGUUAUCGUUGGACUACACUGUUUGUCUCACAUCGAUUUAUACGGUGCUGUUCAUUACGAUCGAUCGGUUUUGUUCGGUUAAAAUGCCAGCGAAAUAUCGUAAAUGGCGAACAGGAAGAAAGAUCAAUAUUAUGAUUACGAUCACAUGGGCUGUUCCGUGUUUGAUCUUUUUCACGGCCACGAUGGUUUAUCCGCGUUUGAAAGGAAUUUCAAAUCUACAAAAUGGUGUUUGCGUUGCGAGUAAUCUGGAACGUAAGUCGCGAGAAAAUGCUCGUAAAAUGUCGUCACUCGUUGGCAAUGCAAUGACACAUAUUGGUGCUGGUAUUGGUGUAUCAAAAUCUCCAGCGAAGACAUCUGUCGAUAAGCAAAAUCAUUUAACUCGUAAGAAGAUCGAUUCCACCGUAUGUGACGAUUGUGAAGAUGAAGAUCCGCAAAAUUUACUCGCACAUAAUAUGAUGAACACACAAAAUAGUAGCAAUUCGUCCGAUCAACGACGUGCCGGUGGUGGUGAUGAUGACAAUUCAAAUUCGUUUGAAUCGCACUCAGAUUUUGAUUUCAAUAGACCAACGGAAAAGCAAAUACAAUCAAAAGCCAAUACACGCGAAAAACCUUCGCGACAAAACAAUCGACGAGGUAUGAGUGCUAAUUGGGGAAGUGGUUCAUCAAAUCCAAUCAAUGCUUCGUCAACAGUUACGAACAACAAUCGAACUUCUCGUUCCAAUCGCGGACAGACAAAUCAAAAGCAUGGCUCAAAUGUGAAAUUUUUUGCUACAUCGAUGGCUCAAUCGCUCUAUAAAGCUCCUAUUCGCUUAAGUGCAUUUUCAUCCGCAUCAAAACCCAAAGGAAGCAAUUCAAUACCGAAUAAAUCAACUCCACAUUUCAUUUCUAAUCAACAACAAACAUCCAAUCGUUUGGCGUCAAUUCCAUCUGAACCAGAACUCGCAACAAACCGAGUUCAUCCUCCACCACAACCACGACCGGAAUCAUUAGCAAUUAUGUCCGAUGAACUAUUUCACGAAAAACUCAAAGCUCGUCAAUCACCAUUAUUCUUGACUAGUCAAACAACUGAUCCACCAUCGUCAUCGUCGUUGUCUCCUCCUCAGCUUAUAACUAUCGAACUUCCUUCAACAUCAUCAUUUCUUGCCGAUAAUCGUUCAAAUGAUAAUCUAACUCAAUGCUUACCAACUGAUCAGACUUUACCCUUAGUAGAAGACGAAGAGCAACAAGAAAAUCUCAUUGAUAUCUCAGUGAAAGAUUCACCACAAGACAAACUUGCUUCGCCCAUUCAUUCGAUAAAAACGGACAAGACUGGACCUUGGCGUUCGCCUUCCAACAACACACAUCGUGAGGAACAUAUUCCUUACAUCGACGAAACCGAUUUCGAAGAUCUAGGUUAUAUACUACACCGUCGUCGUGUACCAGCCGCUGAUUCGAAUGAGCCUAUUCAUGAAGAAACUAUUGUUUACAAAUCACCAUUUUACAUCAAACACAAACAUCGCGCGAAAGCAUCCAUCGUUUCGCUUAAUAACACAACGAACGAUAACGGAAUCGAUCGGAAGAUCUACGAAAUCUACGGCAAUCAUGAAGAUGCUCAUAAAGUUCUCCUAGAGUCACCUAUGUACGACAGUGUAGAAUUAAUUACAUAUCCCUGUCAAACUUCAGAUUCCUCACCUAUCCGACAUUGUAGUUUACGUAAUGUUCCAUGUGAAGCUUUACUGAAAACAAUCUCAAAACCCGUUUCACCGCCAACAUAUUCUUCACCAUUCAAUGAUUGUCAUACGACUUCAUCGAUCAUAUUCGUAUCGAAAGCAAGAACAACCGUAUCACCCUCGAGUUCAUCGUUGACGCAUCAAUCGGUACGAAAUUCAUCGUCAAUUCAAAAUGCUGAUGUCGAACGAGCGUUGAUCGAUUUCUAUCAAUGUAGUCAAAUCAAUGACGUUAAUAAUUGUCUCCUUAAAGAUACUGAUAGUAAUGCUAGUGACGAUUUAGAAAUUUCACUUUCAAAUUAUAAUGAAAUCUGUGACGAAGCUUCUUCAUUACUUCGUUUGAACGAACAACAAUCAUCAGCGUUCAUUGAUGAUGAAUCAAGUAUUGAUGAUUUCUCCAUGCGAACGAAAUCAUCGCAUCCAAGUCGAUAUUCUAAUUCUCAAGUCAAUCAAAAUAAUCAGUUCAUGAAAAUGAUGGUAUUGAAUAAAACCCGACAGAAUUUGAAUAUGGAUACGACGAGUGAUGAACGAACAACAACGAAUAGUUUUAGUCUAAAUACUUACAGUCAAGAUUUCUCCGUCGAUAAAAUCUUUCAAUAUGAUUCGUCCACAUCAUCCUACCGACAACCAAGAUCACAAACCAGUUGGUGUAGUUCAUCAUCAGCAACAACAUCGUCGUCUUGUCAAAAUCCUCAAAUACCACUAUUGUUAUUGGGUUCAUCUUCACCUCAGCAUUUACUUGCCGCGACCGAAAAGAAACGAAAUACUUCCUCGGACUCCGAUGGAAUCACAACAACAACAUCGCUAACAAAUAGUACACAGUUUGGAAGCAGACGUGAUAGUGAUAAUAAUAAAGAUAAAUCACGUGAUUCAAUAACACAAGAUGUUUUACGUGCGUUCAAUAAAACGAAUGCUACGACAAUCACUGACGAAUUAGAAAUCGAAUCCACUGAACAUCAUGUCAUUUGUCCAUUAAGAACUAAGCCAAGUGAACGAGGAAUCAAAUGUCAUUCAUUAACCGAUACAAUCACACGUGAUAACGAUACAUCGGGUUAUGGUUCACAUGAUGAUCCUCCCUCGUCGAACAAUCGCGCAUCAUCAAAAGUAACGUUCGAAAGUAUUGUCAUCGAAACAUCUGCACCACCAUCACCGAAAACUAAAGACCAGUGCGUCAUGGCACAAAUUGACGUGCAAAUUCGUCAGAAUAAUACUAAUAAUAACACAAACACUCAAGAACAAAUACAAGAUGUCAACGAGAAUAAGAAUGGACUGAUUAUACCAAUACCGAGUGAUGUGACAUCAACAAAUGUUUCAAUAACAUCAAAAUCAAGUGUACGAGAAUUAGUUCGUAGUCAAAAAAACGCAAGUCAUAGGAAAUCAAAAUCACAAAAUCGAGCUCGCAAGGCUUUGAGAACCAUUACAUUUAUUCUUGGUGCAUUCGUCGUUUGUUGGACACCAUGGCAUAUCUACUCCGCAAUUCAUUCAUUAUGCGAUUCUUGUAAAAAUAGCUGGGUGUUUGGUAAUCCAAUGUUUCAUUGUUUUUAUUUUCUUUGCUAUUUAAAUUCUCCAAUUAAUCCAUUUUGCUAUGCACUAGCUAAUCAACAGUUUAAGAAGACUUUCACAAGAAUAUUAAAACUGGAUCUACGUCGUCUCUAA